AUGCGCUACCUGCAGUUCCGCGAGACCACCUCCUCGACGAGCACGCUUGGCUUCCGGGUGGACGCGAUCCGACUCGCCGACGGCGUCGACGCGAACUGCCCCGACGCGCAAGCGCUCAAGAAGAUCACCACCGAGGAGCGCGUCGGGGAGGCGGUGCUGCAGUACGUGCAAGGGCGGCUGGUCCUGCUGCAGUCCUUCCUCAAGAGCCUGCUCCAGCUGCGCACCGCCCUCGAGGCGUGCGAUGCCUUUUUGACGCACGCCUUCAUCCGCACCUCGCUGCUGCUCAUCUACUCGGACGCGACGAACAACACCUCGCUCCACAUGAUCGACCUCUCGCGCGCGUACCCCGCCGGCUGCCGCCUCUCCCACCGCGCGGCGUGGGAGGCGGGCAACCACGAGGACGGCUACCUCACCGGCCUCGACAACCUGAUUCGCAUCCUCGAGCGGCUCGACAGUGCACACGUUGUCAGUGCUUUUAGCUUUAUGUAG